AUGGCUCUUCGAUACCCACAGCAAAAUUACUUCCUAUAUGGCCAACCUCAAUGGCCUGAGGAUCUCAAACCCGCUCUCUCCGAGGACGAUGCUUCCUCGAUCCUCGAUGAUAAGGUUCUCGAGCCACCCACUCCUGCUGAUAUGAUAGCGGCCGACACCUCUGACAGCCGCCGUCCUUCAAUGCAAAAAAUGGAGGAAGACUACUCCUGGCAUGAUCGUUCUCAAGGUGUCAUGCCUCCCCAACGUCACUAUUCUCAGUCCUCCGUUCCGCUGUCAAGUCCUCAUCCUCAGUACUAUUCUCAGGUCAAUCCCGUCAACUGUCAACCGACCUUUAUUCAAUCACAGACUUGGCCUUUGGCUGCACGGUCCGAGGCCAACACCCCCACUCCUUUUUUCACCCCGGUCCAGGAAGCCUUUGAUCCCCAGGGCCAAUAUCACGGCGGGCCUGUCAAUUUCUCCGGGUUCCCCCAGACUGAGCCCGUAUCGGCAGUAUCAAUGUCGCCGCAGUCUAGUCAAGGUGGAUGGGCAUCUACCACUUCCUCCGAUGUCGCCGACACCCACCGCCCUCUUCGACAUAGAUUCAGAGGGACAUCGCCUAUGUUGGUGGUUAGAUCAGAUGGAAUCAGGAAGAAGAAUGCAAAGUUUGAGAUCCCAAAGGAGAGAAACCUUCAGAACAUCGACAAUCUCAUCUCAUUGACUACGGAUGAAGAGGAAAAGAAGGAACUGAAACAGCAAAAAAGAUUGCUUCGAAACCGUCAAGCUGCCUUGGACUCUCGCCAACGCAAGAAGAACCACACAGAAAAGCUUGAGCAAGACAAGAAGGCCUGGGACAAUCAGAAACAUGACCUGGAAGAAUCCGUCGUUCAUAUGGAGCAUACCUUGACCCAGGAAAGGGAACAAUGGUUGCAUCAGAGGCAACAAUACGAACAGUUCAUCCAGUCUUUACAGUAUGAACGUGACGAAGCCAUUCGUACAAAGACCUUGGAGACUGCCGAACUCCGACGCAUGAACAGUAUCUUGAAGGACACCAUUCUGGACCUCGAACGUCAACAGAAUACCCGGAACUUCUCCUCCAACGGCUCGAAUACAUUUACAAACGAUUUCAGCGACUUCAGAGCUCUUGACCUGGAGGAUACCUGGGAGGAUGAAUUUAGUCUCAUCAACAGCGAAGACUUGAAGAUGGAGGAAUCCGACUCCUUGCAAAGACAGGCCACUCCAAGACCACCCACAUCGACCAUUCAAACGACCGCUCCAGCCGCCCUCACAAAAUCCAUCGAUGUCAAGGUGGAUGCCGGAUUUAGUUGGAACACAUUCUACAUGUGCUUAUUGUCUGGGGCCUUUAUCGUCUCCCAAGCAGGUUCCAAAGUCACCAAUACUGCCUCGUCUACUGACAUGGCUGCUGCCAACAUGCCAAUCUUGUCCGAAGACUAUCGUGCUGAAGCUGGGCAGGUCCUUAAUGCUGUCCUUGCCUCUGGUCCGGAAGCUACCCAUGAGAUGCAACCACUUCGGCCUACUGCUACUAGUCAAGACGAAUUUGGUGGUCUCAUGUCUCAAAUGAACCCGUCCGGGCCCGCACCCUCAGUUCUCGAUGCAGUCCAUGCAGUCCUGACUACACCAUCUCGUCAACAAGCUGCUGCUGCCGCCUUCUCCAUUUCCGCCGCCUCUUACAAUCAUAUCACAAAUCCUGAAGGUCUCUUUGGCCAGGAUCAAGAUAAUGACGCUGAGGUCAAGCCUACCCGGUUACAGCAGCUCUUUGCCAAUAUGCAAGCCGAGAAGGACGACGUUGACAGGAUGAAUGGCCUCAGUGGCAAAGCAAGCCAAAGAAGUGUCCUUCUCGAUCGUGUUCCGGAGAAAGUCCUUCGUGACUUCAAAGAGAUGAUUGCUCGAGUCGAGUAG